UUGGUUCAUAGGUCUGUAUCUUCUGUGGAACAAUGACCCUGGAAUUCAAUCUGCUGGAAUAAGACAAUGACCUCUACUACCAGAUGAAAGCAAAGGAAUGUUUGAUCUCACUUAUGAUGAUUUGACAUUAUAAUCCCUACAUUAACCAUGAUGGCAACACAGACAUUAAGUAUAGACAACUAUCAAGAUGGACAACAAAUGCAAGUAGUAACAGAGUUAAAAACUGAACAAGAUCCAAACUGUUCUGAAACUGAUGCAGAGGGAGUGAGUCCUGCCCCUGUAGAAUCUCAGACGCCAAUGGAUGCAGACAAACAGGCCAUUUACAGGCACCCAUUGUUUCCCUUGUUAGCACUAUUAUUUGAAAAAUGUGAACAAUCUACACAGGGCUCAGAAGGCACAACUUCUGCUAGUUUUGAUGUAGAUAUUGAAAAUUUUGUAAGAAAGCAAGAGAAGGAAGGAAAACCGUUUUUCUGUGAAGAUCCAGAAACUGAUAACUUA